GGUGAGGGGUGAGGGGGUGGGGGUCCUCAUGGCGGGCUCCUCGUCAGGUAGCGCGGACCUCGACCUCGCCGCCCCCGGCGCGGACCUCGCGCUGCCUCCGCUCUUCGGGGGUCACAUCCUGGAGGCUGAGGUGGAGUUUGCGUCGAGUCCGGAGCGAGCGGCCGAGGCGAGCGAGUCUCUGCUGCCCCUGAGACAUCGCCACCUGUACGAGAGCAAAUACCUGGCGCUGAGGAAGCGCUGCGCCGAGAUUGAGGGGAUCAAUGGAAAGAUCCUCAACAGACUUUACCACGUGCGCAGAAUCACGCGCCGUGUGAAGAAAGAGAGGUGGUUUUUGAUGAAGAGGCUGGACGACUUCAAGGACAACUACAGGGAGGUGCAGCUGCCUGUCCUUUUUGAGGACGACUCGGCUCUCACGCCGACCAAUCGGAGUGCAACGCUGGGGGCGGACGACUCGGAGGCGACCCCCGACCUCGGGGCCACAGGUCAUCCGCAGGAGCCCGCGGUGGGCGGCACCGAGAGCCCCUGUGAGGUCACGCUGAGGUCGGGUGCCAAGAAGCAGCAGCAGCUCCAGAUAAAGGAGGAGAGAGACUUCUAAUGGCGAUUGAUCGUGCAUCGUUAUGAUGCGUGAUGCACGAUUCACAACGGUGUUCUCCGUGAGAAAAACCUACAAAACACAAUUGUGCAUAUUCAAUGGCGGUCCCCCCCCUCUCUUUACGGCCACCACUCAAAUGCGGCUAAUGGCCAGCCAUCACCCCCCGUGUGUACGAGCGAUGGGGCUAAUGGACAACGUCGGGCGACCUACGUCAAAGCACCCAUCGGUGGCCGGCAACUCUUUAAUAAAAAAACACGUUCCGUUCCCGAAGAAGUUCCCAGUACGUGGUGCGAAACGUCAGACAUCGUGGCGAGCAGCACGCGGGCGCGACUCGAAUACGAAUGCGAAUGUUCUCGCGGUGCAAGUUCGUCAUCAGCCAUUGUCUAUCCACUGCUGGAUGAAAGCCUUCCCAUGCCAUCGCCAUCACCUCAUGGGUCCGGUGAUGCUAACCGUUGAUCUCCUGCACGUGAGCCCAUCGCAGGCCGACCGGAGAUAUUGACGCGGAUCGCAGCGGUGGUUUGAGCCGUUUUCAACAAUGGAUUGUCAUCGCCAUCAUCAGUCGUGGUCAAUCCACUGCUGGAUGAAGGCCUCCCCGAGCCACUACCAUCUCCCG